AGACAACUGAAGAUCAGUUGGAGUUGGUCACAUUACUAAAUCACACACAUUACAAAUAAGAAGUGCUAAACCUUUUUAAAAUAGUAUCCCGCAUGUCUGAAAACAAUAUGUCGCACAAACAGACCCCAUACUCACCAAAUUUUCCGGCCAGUCAAGGGUAUGCUCCACCUCCUGACAGUAAGGCACAGGAGAGUUAUCCGAUGAACCCGCAGACUGGCUAUCCCCACCCUCAAACAGGACCGAUGAACCCCCCGGGACCUCCAUUACCACCUGGAGCCCAACCACUGCCAGGAAUGCAGCCUGGGUUCCAACAUGGUUUCCAGCCUGGUUAUCAGCCUGGAUUUCAACCUGGCUUUUCUCCAGGCUAUCAGCCACAACCAGGAUAUCCCCAGCCAGUUAUUCAACAACCUGGACCCCAAGGCCCACCAGGUGGCUGGAUGACUAUUCCACAAGGAGUCAACAACUGUCCCCCAGGUUUGGAAUACCUGUCAUUGAUUAACCAGCUGUUAGUGCACCAGAAAGUGGAACUUUUGGAAGCCUUUGUGGGUUUUGAAACUAACAAUAAAUAUACAAUCAAGAACAGCGUCGGCCAGAAGGUCUAUUAUGCUGUAGAAGAUAACGACUGCUGCACUAGAAACUGUUGUGGCCCGAUGCGUCCAUUCGAUAUGAAGAUUAUGGAUAACUUCCAAAAUGAGGUAAUUCAUCUCCACCGGCCCCUGGCGUGCGAUUCCUGUUUGUGCCCAUGCUGGCUGCAAAGCAUGGAAGUGUCCGCGCCGCCUGGCACCGUCAUCGGCUCGAUAGAACAGCAGUGGUCACUGUGCAAACCGUGCUACGACAUCAAGAACGCUGCCGGUGACGUCGUACUCAAAAUCAAAGGGCCGUUCUGCACUUACUCUAUUUGCGGAGAUAUCGAAUUCAAUGUAUACUCAAAAGACGGCGAAACGAAAGUUGGUAAAAUUACCAAACAGUGGUCAGGAUUGGCGCGGGAGGCAUUUACCGAUUCCGAUUAUUUCGGAAUUAAUUUUCCGAUGGAUUUGGACGUGAAGAUAAAAGCAGUUUUGUUGGGAGCGUGCUUUCUAAUUGAUUUCAUGUUCUUCGAAAAAGGAAAUAAAGAAUGAUGGACCGGGCAUGUUGUAAGUCCUUCAAAAAUACGUGCUAUUUUACUGUUUUCUUAUGGAUUUAUAUUUUUUAAUGAUUUACUAUUGUUGUGUUUAUCAGAUUAAUUUAAGUGGUUGUCAUAAGCACAAGUUUUGUUAAAAGUUUGACUCAAUAAUGUUUAUUAUAUUAAGUACAUGAUUGAAGUUGUCCACGUAUAUACCACAUUUGUGAUAUUUCACUAUAUUGUUGAUUUAUUAUGAAGAAAAACUUAUAUUAUUAUUUACUGGCGUAAAUGAAUGAAAAACAGAGUUUAAUAC